GUCAGUCAGGCAAGGCUGCUGUAAAAUAGAUCAAAUAGAUGUAAAACGCUUAGUCGAGUACUUUGCGAGGAAAUUUAUGUGAAUUUGAUGACAAGGAUCUGUUGAAAGAGGACUCUGCUCGGUAUCAGACGCUUGGCGUUACCAGAGGCAAAUCUUCGCGGCACUUUGUAACGAAAUGUAUUGUUUAAAGAGGGCAGAUCGGUCGCACUCAUGUGGCAAAUAUGGCAGCGUUACAACAUUUGGCCUGAACAAGGCGAUAUGCAGGAAGAGACGGUUCUGCAUUUGGCACAAAUGCGUACUGUCAAAUUCAGAACAAAUUCAGAACAAAUUGCUUGUUGGGUAGUUAUUAAAUUCAUAUAUUUAUAAAUCAACAGUGACAGAAAAUAUAACGAUGUUUGCUGUUAAAUAAUAUUUUUUGUAAGAUGUUUUUAUACUUAUGGACUAAACUGGCCUAAAGUUUGUAAUAAAAGAAAAGAAACGUAAUGGGUGGUGGACCCACGGUGUAAGCGGGGCCUAACGUUUACUUGGUUGGCAAUGUAAGCCAUCCUUCACACGUUAGACGACUGAUCUAUGUACAAACAAUAUGUACAAAAAAUGAAAUUUUGCUGUUACUAUAUAUAAAGAAAAGUAUAUCGAUGACGCAUUUUUAUUAUUUAUAAAAUUCAUUCUUACACGUCCACUUAAAAAAUAUAUAUGUGCAUGAAAAUUAAUAAUCUUACGUUGGCAGUUUGAUAAGAGGGACUGAUUUUAUUGUUUCCCUGAAGGCGGGGUUACUCUCCGCAGCAGUGUGUUAUAUGUAUGUAAUAGAUAACCUGUUCCGCCGAGCCAAUAAUGUUGAUAAAUAUUCGAAUUUGACAUGUGCUACGUGAUAACAGAUAAGUCGCUGUAAACAGAAUCAUGUGAAAAAUAUUUGAAUUGUUCGACGACAUCCACGCAAUGCAGUUCAAGGCUGGUUUUGUAAUGUGAUCCUAUAAACUAUAGAAAGUAAAUUGAAGAGAUUUUAAAAAGAUGACAACUGAGCGAAGCGGACACGAUCAUUCUCUUGCGAUCCGACAAGAAAUACAACGUUUCGAAAGUGUUCAUCCGUCGAUAUACGCUAUUUAUGAUUUAGCAGAUCUAAUUUCCGACACGCACAUAGCGAAACAAAUCCGUGAACAUGUUGUUGCGAUCGAAGAUUCGUUCAUUAAUAGUCAUGAAUGGACAUUGGCCAGAGAUGUGCCAGAAUUACAUUUAGGAAUCAUUGGUUCAUCUGACUCGGGCAAAUCAGCUUUAGUUCAUAGAUAUCUGACCGGUUCGUUUAUGCACGAAGAAUCUCCGGAAGGUGGUCGUUUUAAAAAAGAAGUUUUUAUUAAUGAUCAAAGUUAUCUUUUACUAAUUAGAGAUGAGGGUGGAGUACCGGAAUCACAAUUUUCUGCUUGGAUAGAUGCUUUGUUACUUGUAUUUAGUUUAGAGAGCGAGGAAAGUUUCUCGAUAGUUUGCAGUUUCUAUAAUAGAAUGUGUUCAUUUCGAAAUAUGUCAGAAAUACCAAAAAUUCUUGUGGGAGUACAAGAUUCGAUUAAUGAUUCUAAUCCUCGGGUCAUAAAAGAUGUUAGACCACGAAAAUUGGCAUGUGAUCUAAGAUGUCCUUAUUAUGAAACAUGCACUAUUUAUGGUUUGAAUGUUGAAAGGGUGUUUCAAGAUGUAUGUCAAAAAAUAAUACAACAUAUAUCUAUCAAACAUUAUCGAUGUAACGGACAACAAGCAACAGAUAAUGAAACAAAAUGUCCUGGUCCAACAAUUGCUAAAAAUGUACAGCUCGUUCCCAAAGACAUGGAAGCAGGAAAUUCAUCAAAAUUGAAUACAUCUGACAAAGAGGAAGAUUCUAGAUCUUUACACAGCAGUUCUACACAAAAUGAUUCUGGAUCAGUUGGUGAUAAUUUUCAUAAUAUGCAGAAUCAGCAUACAGAUCUUAGAUCUUCGAUUUUAACUCCAACUACUAUUAGGAAAUUUAGAAGAAAAUCUAACAUCUUCACACCAUCGAAAAAAGAAAAAUACAACAUGGGUGAAAUGGGUGUGGGCAGAGAAAUACCAGUGAAGCAAGGAUAUUUAUUUAAACGAAGUAGUAAAUCAUUAAAAGAAUGGAAGAAGAAAUAUGUUACAUUGUUGGAAGAUGGUCGUUUAACUUAUCAUUCUAGCUUACACGAUUAUAUGAACGAUGCAAACGGUAAAGAAAUAUUGCUACAAUAUGUAACUGUAAAAGUGCCUGGGAAAACGCCUAAGGGUUCCAAAUCAUCCAAUGCCCAAGAAGACAGUUUUGAAUUUUCUAUAAUUUCGUUAGAAAAUAAGACUUGGCAUUUUGAAGCAAAUAAUGCUGAAGAUAGAGAUAGUUGGAUAUCUGCUAUAGAGCAACAGAUACUUUCAAGUUUGCAAAAUAGUGAUGGCGAUAAGAAAAAUGAAACUGAUGCUUUCAAAAUGCAUUGCAUAAAAAAUAAAGUGUCAGGAAAUGAUGCUUGUGUGGACUGUGGAGUACCUAAUCCUGAUUGGGCUAGUUUAAACUUAGGUGUACUAAUGUGUAUUGAUUGCUCAGGAAUACAUAGAAAUUUAGGUUCACACAUUUCGAAAGUUAGGUCAUUGGAUUUAGAUGAUUGGUCCGCAGGUCAGUUAAGUGUAAUGUUAGCUCUUGGUAACGAUAUAGCAAAUAGUGUUUGGGAAUAUUGCUUAAAUGGAAAGCAAAAACCAACUUCAGAUUCUCCUAGAGAAGAGAAGGAGCAGUGGAUCAGAUGGAAGUACGAGGACAAAAUGUUUUUGCAACCAAUUAAUCCGAAUAUAUCGUUAGGAAAAUUGCUUAUUGAUUCAGUUUGUCGAGGCGAUAUGAGAGCAUUUACAUUGUGCUUGGCCAGAUGUAGUUACGAGGAUAUCAAUAUGUCUGUAAGUAUGGAAGAUUUGAGGACACCCCUUCAUCUGGCUUGUGCCACAGGGAACUUGGCUAUGGCACAGUUAUUGAUAUGGCAUAAAGCGAAUCCGCAUAAUUUAGAUCACGAAGGACGCACGUGUAUGUCGUAUGUACGAGCACUCGAAAGAACCCUUGACAAUUCGUCAGAUUCUAUGGAAAUGCAAAAGCUUCUCGAAGUACUUGAACAAGCUACCGUCUCUGGAGUAGAUGAUGUAGAAACAUCGCAGUAUUAAAAUUGUUCGUAUUACGUACUUAUUGCAUGUGAAGCCAUGCUUUAAUUAAUAGCUUAUAAAUGAUAUAACUUUUUUCCAUUAACAGUACUGAUACUCAGAAUUGCAACCAAAGUAUGUUAAAAAGAAUUUUAAAUACGGAAUGGCCUAUUUCUAUAAAGUAGCAUUCUGUACUGUGUGAAAGAAACUUCACAUUGUAUGUAUUAGUGUAUGUCCCUUUUAAUGUUGGCCAUAAAUUUCGUACGAAAUUUGACCACAUAUUUUACCGAAUAUAACAUACUUUGCAUAUAUAUUUGUACAUUAAAAAGUAUUUUUAAUUGA